AGCUUGGGUAACAAUACAAAAUGGCUGCCUCGUUGAGAGUUGGAAGAUUGCUUGGAACUAGCCUCAGAGCGGGAUGGAUAGCUACCAGAGGAUACAGCAAUGGAGCUUCAAUGAUCCCUCUAACAUUCGGGUCUCCUUAUGAGUCUUUCUAUGACAAUGUGAAUGUGAAGCAAGUGGACGUGUCUGCAACUACUGGAUCCUUUGGUAUCCUACCCGAUCACGUUCCUGCCGUCUCUGUUCUUAAACCAGGUCUCGUGACAAUCUACGAAGAUGAUAACAAGACAGUCAAGUACUUUGCAAGCAGUGGUACGGUGACCAUCAACACGGACAGUACUGUUCAAAUUCUUGCCGAGGAGGCUGUUCCCCUGGACAGACUGGAUGCACAGGCUGCUAGGACAGGUCUUGAAAAGUGUCAACAGAAGUUGACCUCAUCAUCCUCAGAGCAGGAUAGGGCAGAGGCUAAUAUCGGAGUGGAACUGUACGAGGCCAUGUUGAAGGCUCUCGAGGGAAACUAGAAACUGUCGCAGAUUAGUAACUUCAUUAUCUAAUAAUUAUAUUGCUUGUUUUUGUUAUAGAGUUGAGUGUGUUGAGUGCACAUGUAUGUGUCUAAUAAUUUAUUGAAUAAGUUG